UACGAAUCAACGAAAUUCGCGGCAGAGGAGUUCAGGAAUCGACAGUCGACAUUUAGGUUAUUACCAUAUGAAAAUCGUCUGAUAAUUCCAUCAUUUGAUAUUCAGAAAAGGUUUGGUAAUGUUCUGUCGGAAUUUAUCUAUCAGCGAUUCUUCGAAAAGGAAUACACGAAAGAAGGUCUUUUGAAUGGUAUCACUGAGGCGCAGAAUAACGAGAAAACUGUUUGGUGGGGUUGUUGCGGCUUUGGAGAUGUCACCUUCGGCCACUUUUUCUGCGGCACGAAGUUGUUGUAUACCAUUGAUCCGGGCUGUGCGUGUACAGCCUCGCUCAUCGAUUUGACGGAUAAAAUUACGAAUACCGGAAUUGACCGCAAUCAGUUGCGAUCUGAAUGCAGUAUCGGGAUCGAAUGA